CAUUUGGAAGGUGUCCAAAGUCUAGUUUACAGUUUGGUUUGGUUUGGUGUAACAAAUAGGCUUAAGUAGCAAUCGACCAUUACAUAACGUUUUUCAUAGCAUGUUAGACUUUUCAAAUCAAAUUUGCUUAGUGUGUAGUUUGAAAAUUAGCCAAAUAAUAAGUGCCUUUCUAGUACCAAACGCCUCAUGGAUCUAUCAACAGUUUACUUGUUAUUGACUCUUUUAAUAUUUUCUCUUGGUUUGGCUUUGCCAUCAAACAACAACACCUUGCUAUUACUAGUUUCUUUUGAUGGGUUUAGGUACGAUUAUUUUAAUAGGAACCUUACAGAAAAUCUACUAAAUUUAAAAACGAAUAGCUCACACUCUCCUUACAUGCUAAGCGUUUUCCCCUCAAAGACAUUCCCAAAUCACUUUUCCAUUGCAACUGGACUCUAUACUGAAGUGCACGGGGUUCUGGAUAAUAAAAUUUAUGAUGUUUCAACCAACAAAUCCUUAGGUUAUGGACCUGAGUUAUUUCACUACAAUGAAGAUGUUGUUCCAAUUUGGAUUCUGAAUGAGCGUGGUGGUGGAGGUCGGCGUAGUGGUUGUGUUAUGUGGCCGGGCUGUGAUCUACCUUAUCAACAUACCUUGCCUUCCCACUAUUUCACAUACAAUGUGUCAACCAGCUGGGAGUCACGAGUAGACACUCUCAUCAGCUGGUUCACUCAUCCAGAGACACCCAUCAAUCUCGGUGUAAUGUACUUUGAGCAGCCAGAUCUCACUUGUCACAGCUACGGCCCCGAUUCACCCGAGGUUGAUCGUCAGAUUGCUCGGGUGGACAAAAUAGUGCAAUAUUUACUGGACAAAGCUGUAGAGGUGGAUUUAUUGCAUCGGUUAAACAUUGUGUUCGUGAGUGAUCAUGGCGGCCAGGCUGUCCCAGUACCAAGCCACAACAUUAACUUGGACACUUACAUCAAUAGGAACUUGUAUAUCCGUGGUGGCGUGGCCCCAAACCUACAGAUCUUUCCAGUGCCAGGAAAAGAAGAGGAAGUAUUGUCAACAUUGAAGGAUGCCCAAAGCAGAGGGGCUAACUUCACUGCAUACACAAAAGCAGAGAUGUUGGAUAGAUGGAGAUACAAGCACUGCAAUCGCUCACCCCCUAUCUUGCUGUGUGCUGAUUUAGGCUACCUGUUCCUGGAUCCAGACCACCAAUACCCCAUAAAAUCUCCUGAGAUUGGCAAUCAUGGUUAUGACCCAUUGGUUCCUUCAAUGAGAGCUUUUUUCAUGGCAGUUGGACCUGAAUUCAAGAAGAAUUUCUCUGUUCAACCAUUUGAGAACAUCAACAUAUACCCCCUUGCAGCUCACAUCCUGGGACUACCGUUACCAACACUUAAACCCAAUGGAAGCAUUUCUUUCUUGAAGGACGUAUUGGUAUCCAGUAAACCCGACCAAGACCAUAAUAUCUUCAUAUACUUAGUUGUUGGAGUUAUUGCUGGAGCUUUGCUUGUAAUCUUUGCUAUUGGAGUGAUUCUUUACUGGAGAAAAAUGCAUUGUAAAGAUCAGUCAAGGAGACCUUUAGACGUUGCUUACAGGUUUUCAAACUACUCCGUGUUUCCUGAUACCACCAAUAGAAACUGAGAGAGAGUUGAGUCAAACUGCUGAUGGUAAAGAAGAAGAAACACCUUUAUCAGACAAUCAAGAAGAUGACCCAAACUCAUAACAAUCUUAGACUAGAAUUUUAUAUUGUUUUCUAGUUAUUGGUAACUUGUUUUCAUUGAGAAUGUUAAAUUUACUGGCGGUUUGUCUCUAAAUUAAUCACAGUACCUGUAGAUGAUAUUGUUUGAAAAAGUGAUUUGAGAUUUCAAAAACAAUACUCGUAUAGCUUGUCAAAUAAAUUUAACCGCUUAGGUUAAAAAAAGAUUGGUUAUACAAGUCGAGCCUGAAUAGUAAUAGCCUAAACUUUAUCUAAUGGAAAGCUGUGUGUUUAUAGCGUGUGAUGUAGAAAUACUAUUUAUUUUUUUUUAUCAAAAAUCAUUCUAGCUUUUAAUCUCUAGUAAUAGGUUUAUCAAUAAAAAUAAAAUUAGAGUUUUGACUGUACAUUGAAUGGGUUUAUGCAAUGUUUAGGGUUUACAUGUUUUACACAUUAGAGAAGGCAAAUGAGUCUUUGUAUAUUUUAAUCUUUUUAUUUGUUUGUGUGAUUGCACAUGUUCACUUAUUUAUUCAUACCAUACUCCAUGGCUAAAAAAACACCAUUGCUGAAGAAAAUUAUUGUUAUCUUGAUGUCACUAAAAUGAUUUUACCUAACCCGCCAUUAAAGUAUAACUUCCCUAUCCCAAGCGUGAUGUAUACAACUUCUUUACUUCACGAGUGAAGUGUUUUAAAAACUCACUCGGUGAAGUAAUGAAACCCAUUUAAAUAACAUUGAGUGCUCAACUUAAAAAAUUAUACCUCUUUGGAGUCAACAACACAUAACGCUAGAAAUCAGCUGUGUGCUUGCAUUUUAUUCUUAUGCUUUAAAGAAUUUUCCUAACCUAGCUUUUGUUUGUAAAAGAACGUUACUGUUAGAAGAUGAGUGAAAUGGAUAGUGAAAAAUAUUGCAAGUAACCCCCUGUAUAUUGUCGGGUCAGGUAAAAUCUCGUACGUUACACGUUACGCAAAAGCGUGUUUACAUCACUUAGGCGAAUUAUGCAACUCCCUUCUUCUCGAUGCACUACAUUCACCUGCGUGAUGUAAAAACGUUCUUACUACACUUGUAAGGUAAAUAGCUAUUAGGCUACUGCCAUUUGUCCUCUAGGAUUACAAUUUUUUAUGUCAAGAAACCUCCCUGGGUGUAAUUGCUGGGUGAACGCAAUUGGUUAACAUUUCAUUUGGGAUGUCACAUGUAUAAAGCAAUGUUGUUUAUAGAACAACCAAUCAUAUCAUAUCACUGUUGUCGCAUCGGGUCGGGUACGCCCUAUUUGUAAGCACCGCUAAGUUCUUCAUUGUUUGAUACAAAUUCUAACUACGUACACUACUAAAACAACAUGUUUCCAAGCAAAACCGUGUACUGCAAAAACAAUUAUUAUUUAUAUGGAACCCAAACAUUUGUUUAGUUUUUAUAUUUAUUGCCAUUUUUUAUUCAGGUAAAUUAUUCUCUACUCUUUGUUCUUGCUUACGUUACAAAGUGCUUUCCUUUCCAUUAUGAACCAAUUAUUAUGGGUGGGUCCCGCUUUGUUCAGCAGGAUUUUUACUAACUGUGCCUCGUUUGAAAUGGUAAGUAAAGUGUUUGAUGCGUGUAAAGAAAGAUGCCAGUUUGUCAUGUUUAUAUCACUGUUAUAUUUUACUGAGUUUGUUUGGUCUUUUUAGAAUAGAUUUGUCUUAGUUUAGUGUAAAUAGUAAGCUAAAAUAAUUAGUUUUCAAUUAAAGUAACUUUUAUUUGAUUUGUGUUAAAAUAUACGUUGUAUGCUGUUAAAAAUACUGAAAUAGUGCCAUAUCUUCAAAUAAUCUUGUGCAAAUAUUGGAAUGACCAUGGUGAAUAUUUAUUGUUAUUUGUAAAUGUGCUCAUUGAUCCAUUUGGAUUUUAUUCUACUCUAUGUCUUUCAAACAAUCUGCUGUGAUAAAAUACAACUAACUGCGAUCUAUGCCUUAACAAGUGUUGGGUUUUAAUUGAA